UGAAUCGGCACAGACUUAUAAAGGAGUGGAUUGAGUGUCGGUUAAUUCAUGUUAGCAAACGUUUAGCCCCAAAGUUGCACAUUUUUGUUGCACAUUUCCAGUUCAUUACUUUGAGUUACUUACAAUUAUCGCUAGUACGUAAGCAGGAUAGACGCAAAGUAAAGUUAGGGUUAACGGCUAACGGUCAGCCAAAUGUAAUGUUAACGGUGGUGUAGCUAACUGACUUUUACGUUAACUGGCUAACGUUAAGAUUUUAAAAGGUUAACGUCAGACGUCGUGCUGUAACACCACUUUCUCACAGUAAAUAUGAAACAACCCAGCGGAUAACCUCGUUUGUAAACUGUAAUCAUGUUCUUAACGGAGUCCUGAACACAGACGCCCGCCCGUUUGGUUGCCAAUAGUGACGCUUGUUAUGAUUUGCUCUCCCGUUUGAGAGUCCAGCAGCUGAUUCGGCAUGGCAUCAAAGCCGAAGAGCAAGCUGUUCAAGAGUUCAUAUGAAGAUAAAGACUUAUUUGAUUUAAGGAAGAAACCAGCUCGCGGUGGAUCAGGCAAUCGCUCCUCUGCUGAUGAUGAUGACUUGUACAGUAUGUUAGCUGAGGCAGCAAAGGGGGACGGUGGGGAUGUUGAGGAAUCUGACAUCUCCGAGGCAGAUCCCAUUGAUAUACUAAAGAGCCUGAAGGACAUGGAUGAUAUGGACGCUGACCUGUUUGCAUCAAAGAAAAAGCCUAGCUCAGCCCCCACACAAACAAAGCUCUCAGCUAAUAAACCAGAGGGAACAGAUGAGCCCACCUCGGAGUGGAAGAAGCCAAGCUCUGCCCCUUCAUCCACAAUACGUUCCUACAAGAAGCCCACCCUCUCUGAUGAUGAUGAUGGUGGUGGAGGUGGAGGCCAAACACCUUACACUAAAGUCGACCCCUUGGCUGACCUGCUUGAUGACUUGAGUCUAAAGGAAACCAAGGCAGAACCUGAACCUAGCACACAUAAAGCUAAACUUGAAAAAUCAGUAUUAUCUCCUGCAGUAUCCCCUAUAAUCAAGAGGGAAAAGGUUACAACACCAAAGAAACAGGACGAGCUUACAUUUGACGAUGAUGAUGACCUAAUGACAUUUGACACUGAAAAUUACAGUACUAAAAAAAAGGAGAGUGUGCUCAGCCUCGGCAGAGAAAGUCGUGAGCCUCCACAGAAAACUCGUACCAAGUUGGAUGAGAUUUUGGAGCGCGGGACAUCCCCUCGUCAUCUGGAGCGACCACCUACAGGGGAAAGGAAAGACCAGCCUCCACUUCAAAAGCAGCAACAAGAGAAGACCUCUACUACUAAGGAACCCUUACUAGAAGAUGACCUUACAUUUGGUUCCUAUCAGCCUACAUUGUCAUCCACUCCGGAAGGACGCCAGUCACGUAGGCAGUCUGUCAGGUUUUCCAAGGAGGAUGUCAGUGCCUCUUCUCCAGAAAAGAAACCAAAAUCUGCCAUUCCUGCCACUCCCACCACCCCCACCUCCACGCGCCCCCGCAGCUCAGCUGACUGGCUUGGUCUCAAGACAAACGAUGAGUAUAAUUAUCUAGAAGAUGAAACCAAGGAGCAAAAGACUCCAAAGACUCCCUCCUCUGCUGUAGAGGAAAGAGGGCCCUCUCUGACUGGUAGCGGUGCCACAUCUGCUAUAAACACAGAAGGAGAGACCUUAGCCCCAGAAAACAAAGUGCCAAUGCCAGAAGUACCCAAAAGCCAAAAGAAGGAUGAGGAAGAGGAUGACUGGCUAACUGGAGUGCUGAGCAGGAAGAAAGGUCUAGUAGCAUCAAACUCAGAGGCAAGAAGGGCCAAGCAAGAAGACUCUUUGGGCCUAGGAGAGGAGAUGAACUUGGAGUCAGUUGUUAGCAAACAGGUCUCUUCAUCAGCUCCCAGGAGCAGAGAGGACACAUCAACGUCCAUCAAGGAACCCAGACAGCCCAGCCACACCGCUCACUCUACCCCAGUGAGAGAUGAGACAUCCAAACAAGAGACCAUUCCCGCAAACCUCUCAUCUCCACCACAGCCUCCAUCGCUUGUCAUCCAGCAUACUCUCACCCCACAUCCAGACACUUUCUUACCCACUGUAAUGUCCCCUUCACCAGCCACUUUCCCCGCAAAGAUCAACCAUGAACAAACUUUUGCUUUGUUUCAUCCCUCAAACUCCCCUCCUGAAAUUACUGGUCCCUUAUCAGCCCCAGCUUCUCGCGUAAGCCACCCCCAACCUCAGCCUCAGUCUCAGUCCCAACCCCACCACUUCACACCCCAUCAGGACUCCAGGGCACAAGGAUGGCCCAGUCAGGCUGCUGAGCCCCUGCAGUGGCAGCAAUUAUCCAACCCAAAGGCAGCUACACUGCCCAGCUCUACAUGGUCAAUACCUCAACAAAGCCAAAUGCAGAAUACAGCCACUGCUGUCCAACAACAGAUGACACUUUCAGCAGACAGUGUGCAACAACUGUUACUACAACAGCAGAUGAUGCAGUCUCAGCUGCUGAGUCUAGCUGGUGUUGUGGAUGCAGGGUCUCUGCAUCCACUGAGAGUGAAAGAGCAACAGUCUGGAGAACAUCAAGCUCUACAGGCUCGCAUCAUCCAGCUGGAAGGACAGAUAAGAACCCUGCAGCUGGAGCGAGACCAAAGCCAGAUGUUGUUGGAAAAUGUUCAGCAACGGCAUAAGCAGGAUGUGGAACUCCUGGAGAACACACACAAGGCACGUGUGAAGCUGCUCGAGGAAUCCGCAGCCCAGAGGGAAGCACGGGCACAGCAGGAGUGCGAGGACCUAAUGGAGCGCCUGGCCACAGUUACCCGGCUGGCUGACCAGGAGCGCUCAGAACUGCAGGCUCAGCAUCAGCGCAGACUUGCCCAAAGCCAGCAGGACAGAGACCGUGAGGUGGAGAGACUCAGAGACCUGCAGAGGAAAUCUAUCUUGGAAAUGAAGAAGGACCAUGAGGACCAGGUCCAGAGGUUGAAGAGGCUAAAGGAUGAGGAGAUAGAUGCAGUCACAAGUGCAACAUCUCAGACCAGGUCUCUUACAGUGGUGAUUGAGCAGAUGGAGCAGUUCUCUGUCCGGCUGGGAGAUCUCUCCUCUCGGGUGGAGAGCACCCAUGAACACACGGCACAGGGCCUGGAACAGGGCGCACGGCAGAGAGAUGAACAGCUCCGAAUGCUGCAGGAGCGUCUGGGCCAGCAGCAGAGAGCCAUGGCAGAGGAAAGAGCUCAGCUUAAAGAAGUCAUUGCUCGGAUGAACACUCAGCUUGCCGAGCAGCAGAGACAGCUUGAGAAGGAGCGUUGGAAGGUGACAGCAGAGCAGGCCAAGGCAGAGUCUAUCCAGAGGGGCCUGGAGGAGGAGAAGCGCUCCCUCACCAUGCAUAUCAACAUGGAAAGGGAAGAGCUGGAAAGAGCCAAGACUGCCUUGCUGGAGGAGCAGCAGUCGGUGAUGCAGCACUGCACUGAGGAGAGGAGGAAGCUGGCGGCUGAGUGGGCCCAGUUUCACACCCAGGAGAAGCAGAGGCAGGAAAGAGCUGAACGGGAGGCCAGCAAGGCUCUGGAGAGGGAUGCCCAGAGGGAGGGCUCCAUCAUCAGCCUGGCACAGGAACAAGCAGACCUGAAGCUACGUGCUGGAGAGCUAAAACAGAAGGAGGCGGCUGUGCUACAAGACAGGGAGGCCCUGGAGAGACAAAGAGAGGAACUUGGCCGGGAGAAAGAAAGGCUAAGCAUCACAGCUGUACGACUGAAGACACGAGCCCAGGAAGUGGAGACCUUCAGCAAGCUGGCUACCGACAAGUAUGAGGAAGGAGAGCAGGCAUUGCAGAGGGCAACACAUAUAGAGACUGAACACAAGGCAAGGCUCACAAGUAUCCAUUCCCAAACUGAGAGGCUGAGGCAGCAGGAACAGCAGCUCCUUCAGGAGCGGAUGAGGAUGACUGCUCUACGUAGGGAAAUGGAGAGGCUGAGACAGGGCCUUCCCAUCACCCAUUUACCACAAAUGAUGCCACCAGUUUUUACAGACUAUAGUUCAAUGUUGCCAAACGCUGAGCUGACAUCUACUUUGAAUAUUACUCCCCUGACUUCAGUCGCCAGCCCUCAGUCCAUCGAGCUCCAGGCCAGGCUGGCUCGGCUCAAGCACACGGCAGAGAAGGACCGGGACUACCUCCAGGAUGAGCAGUUCUUCCUAGAUACAUUGAAGAAAUCAUCUUACAGUUUCCACACAGAUUGAACAAGAUGUAGUAGCCUUUGUUCAAGUUUAAAGCCCAACAUCACUGAUAAUCCCCAAGGACUUCACAUGCCCAAGUUUAUAACAAACAGGACGAUCAUAACAGGGGAAAAAAAAAAAAAAAAAAAGGGAAGAAAUCUUGAAGGACCACAGUGAGGGAAACCCCUUCCUGGCCACACAGGUGCCCAAUAGGUGCCAACCCAGUGAGCAAAUUAAAUUGUUUUAAUAAAAAAAAAAAAUGCUUGCAGAUGAUAUGACAGAGGCACUAGGGGGGCAUGAGCCUAGACAA